AUGGCUCCCACCGACGAGACCCUCCGCGAGGUGCAGAAGAAGAUCGACAAGGAGAAGGCCCUCAUCAACGCCGCGAAUGUCAUGCGCCAGUCGACUAACAAUCCGGCCGUGUUGUCGCGUCUCGACGGCCAGAUACGCGAUGGCCGCCGCAACAUCGAGUAUUUUGAGUCGAAACUGCGGGACAUAGAGAUGCAGCGGACACAGACCGGCAUGGACAACAUGAGUCUGCAGCCGGGUACCUCCAAGAAAGGCCAGAACCCCGUCACCCCGCCUCCCAAAGACUGGAAUGGAUACGUUGGGCCAGACCAGGGCGGUUAUGGAGAUCCAGCUGGGGGCUACAGCAACCUCAGCGGUGGGCAGGGACUCAUGCCACCGCGAGCGCCAUACGCCCCUCAAGGACCUGGCUCACGCCCCCAGCGCCCCAACUACAGCAAGCUCGACUUGAUCAAAUACGAUACCCCGCAUCUUGGUCCCCGCAUCCAGCUCAUGUUGUCGCAGCUUGAAUUCAAGUUGAGUGUUGAAAAACAGUACAAAGAUGGUAUUGAGAAGAUGGUGCGACUAUACCAGAUGGAGGGCGAUCGCAAGAGCAAGGCAGACGCAGAAGCCAAGCGCAUCGAGAGUAACCAGAAGAUCCAGCUUCUCAAACAGUCCUUGAAGCGCUACCAGGACCUUCAUGUCGACUUUGAGACUGCCGAUGACCGAGACGAUGAUAGUCUGAGCGUACCAAGCCAGCGGAAACCCCUGAGCGGGCACUUGUCCCUACGUAUACACGCAGUAGCCGAUGUCGACCAUGCGGCGACCGGUCGUUUUAGCCGCGGUCCCGAAACUUUCGUCAAUAUCAAAGUUGAAGACAGCAUCAAGGGUCGCACGAAACCGUCCAGGAACGAUCGUUGGUUGGACGAGUUGCACGAGUUCGAUAUCGAUAAGGCCAACGAGAUCGAGGUCACAGUCUAUGAUAAGACCACUGAUCACCCAUUGCCCAUUGGCUUGCUUUGGGUACGGAUAUCGGACAUCGCUGAAGAAAUGCGCCGUAAGAAGGUCGAAUCGGAGCUGCAGAACUCGGGAUGGGUGUCAGCCGACAAAAUGGGAGGCAACUCAGGGCCACAACCUGAUCUGCAAUUCCAACCUCCUCCUGGCCAGAACUUUGCGAGUGCUAGUGGCCCUGGAGGAGCUGGCAUGCCGCCUCCUGGGGCAGGUGCUCCUGGCGCACCGCAACCGCAGAUGAGCCAGAUCUUCAUCGAUGAUUGGUUUUCUCUGGAACCUGUCGGACGCAUACAUUUAACGAUGUCCUUCAUGAAACACGCGAGAAACAAGAAUCCAUUCGAUGCUGGACUUGGACGAAAGGGUGCCAUUCGUCAACGAAAAGAAGAGAUCAUCGAGCAGUACGGUCACAAGUUCGUGCAACAGCAGUUCUACAACAUCAUGCGUUGUGCGCUUUGUGGCGAAUUCCUCAAAUACGCUGCCGGCAUGCAGUGUUCGGACUGCAAGUAUACUUGCCACAAAAAGUGUUACCCAGACGUGGUGACGAAGUGUAUCACGCAGUCAAACGCAGAGACAGAUCCAGACGAGGCGAAGUUGAACCAUCGCAUCCCGCAUCGCUUCACAAACUUUUCCAAUAUGGGCGCGAACUGGUGCUGUCAUUGCGGGUAUAUCUUGCCGCUGGGUCGCAAGCAGGCUCAAAAGUGCGGAGAGUGUGGUUUGACUUGUCACGUUGGCUGUGUCCACUUCGUCCCCGACUUCUGUGGUAUGUCUAUGCGAAAGGCGAACGAGAUUCUAAAGGAAAUCAAGAGGACAAAAAGAACACAAUCCGCAACCACCGGUGGACUGAGUGAUAAAACUCUCCGUAAGAACCCACAGCGCCCAACUCCAGGGCCGAGCGCCCAAUCCCAAUUCCAGCCUCCACCAGGCCAGGAACAGCCGGCUCAACCAGACCGAUACUCGUACGGUAAAGAAUCGCAAUCCCGGCCACAGCAUCCACCAGGACAGCAGUCGUACGCGCCAUCAGCCACAUCUGUUGAAGCAGCGCGAUCUUCUUACGGCUCAGGUUCUACACCUACCCCCACGUCGCCAACUUCACAGCGCCCUUCAUCAGGGCCUCGUUCACAGUCUCAGCAAACCGCACCUGUUGCUGCCGCCGCAGCAGCGAUGGGCAAGAGCGCCACUCCGGCAUAUGGGCGCACACAGUCCGAUUACCCACUCCAAGGGCAACGCACGUCCGGUGGUGGCUAUCCUCAAGACCAACGGGUACCUCAACAGCAGGGCCCGCCACAGGUAGGAUACAAUCCGCAGGACUAUGCAAACUAUGCAAACACUCCACAGUACCCCACUGCGCCACAACAGCCCGUGCAAGCUCAGUAUGCGCAGCAGAAGCAGUCAUAUGCACUCCCUCAGCCUGGCCCGCAGUCUCCGCAACAGCAGCCGCAGCCGCCUCCACACCAGAGUGAUCCCAGGCAACAGCAACCACCCUCCCAACAAGCACAACCGGUUUCUGCAAUGACGAAAGCUCCAAGCGACAAGGUUACCCCGCCAGCAAACACUCAGGGUACUGGAAGGAGAAUUGGUCUCGAUCAUUUCAAUUUCCUCGCUGUGCUCGGAAAGGGUAACUUCGGAAAAGUCAUGUUAGCUGAGACGAAGAGCACGAAGCAGCUAUACGCUAUCAAGGUUCUAAAGAAGGAGUUCAUCAUUGAGAACGAUGAAGUGGAGAGUACGAGGUCCGAAAAGCGAGUGUUCCUGAUUGCAAAUAAGGAGCGACAUCCAUUCCUUCUCAGCUUGCACGCCUGCUUCCAGACGGAGACGCGAGUCUACUUCGUUAUGGAGUACAUUAGUGGUGGUGAUUUGAUGUUGCACAUUCAGAGGGGACAGUUCGGCACCAAGCGAGCUCAAUUUUAUGCGGCCGAAGUGUGCCUUGCUCUGAAGUAUUUCCACGAGAACGGUGUCAUCUACCGAGAUUUGAAGCUGGACAACAUCUUGCUCACUCUUGAUGGCCAUAUCAAGAUUGCAGAUUACGGUUUGUGCAAGGAAGAAAUGUGGUAUGGAUCAACGACCAGCACUUUCUGUGGUACACCUGAAUUCAUGGCCCCGGAAAUCUUGCUAGACAAGAAAUACGGUCGCGCUGUGGACUGGUGGGCGUUCGGUGUCCUCAUCUACCAGAUGCUACUUCAACAAUCGCCGUUCCGUGGUGAAGAUGAAGAUGAAAUUUACGAUGCUAUCCUCGCAGACGAGCCUCUGUACCCGAUUCACAUGCCUAGGGACUCAGUGUCAAUCCUCCAGAAGCUCCUCACCAGAGAACCUGAACUGCGAUUGGGAUCCGGACCGACCGACGCCCAAGAGAUUAUGAGCCACGCCUUCUUCAGGAACAUCAACUGGGACGACGUAUACCACAAAAGGAUUCCCGCUCCUUUCAUUCCGCAGAUCACCAGCGCUACGGACACAAGCAACUUCGACACUGAGUUCACCAGUGUGACGCCCGUGCUUACGCCGGUGCAGUCUGUUCUCUCGCAAGCCAUGCAAGAAGAAUUCCGAGGCUUCUCCUACUCGGCCGAUUUCGCAUAA